AUGAGUACAGCCAUGGAAAAUGGAGCUGGUGAUGGCAAGUCAGCCAGCAAGCAGAAAACUAUUGAGGGUAUCUAUCAAAAGAAAUCACAGUUGGAACAUAUCUUGCUGCGUCCAGAUACCUAUAUUGGGUCUGUAGAGCCGGUAACAGAAAUGAUGUGGGUUUUUGAUAAAGAGAAGGAGAUGAUGGUGCAGAAAGAUAUAAAAUAUGUUCCUGGAUUAUAUAAAAUUUUUGACGAGAUCUUAGUAAAUGCUGCAGAUAAUAAACAACGUGAUCCCAAGAUGGAUAUGAUCAAGAUUGAUAUUGAUUCAGAGAACAAUACUAUUUCUGUGUGGAAUAAUGGAAAAGGUAUUCCAGUAGUAAUACAUAAAGAGGAAAACAUGUAUGUACCUACCAUGAUAUUUGGUCAUCUUCUGACAUCAUCAAAUUAUGACGAUGAAGAAGAAAAAGUGACUGGUGGUAGAAAUGGUUAUGGUGCCAAGCUCUGUAACAUUUUCAGUCAUCGUUUUACAGUGGAGACUGCAACGAAAGAAUAUAAGAAAUGUUUAAAACAAACAUGGGGAAAUAACAUGGGAAAAGCUAGCGAGCCUAGGAUUAAAGAAUAUUACGGAGAAGAUUUCACGAAGGUCACAUUUUCGCCAGACUUGUCAAAGUUUAAGAUGCAAUCUCUCGAUGAUGAUAUUGUAUCUUUAAUGUCUCGAAGAGCAUACGAUGUGGCCGCCUCCUCAAAAGGCGUCAAAGUUUAUUUGAAUGGAAGUCGCGUUCCAGUAAAGAACUUUAAGGACUAUGUUGAUUUUUACAUCAAGGGAAAAGAAGAUGAUGUCGGCAAUCCGUUGAAAGUUGUAUAUGAAAAUUGUGGUCCACGCUGGGAAGUAGCUCUUACUUUGUCUGAUAAAGGAUAUCAACAAAUGUCUUUUGUAAAUAGUAUCGCGACAACAAAGGGCGGUAGACACGUCGAUCACGUGACGGAGUUAAUAGUUAAACAGUUGAUCGAAACGUUAAAGAAAAAAAACAAAGCUGGUGUGGCUAUUAAGCCGUUUCAAAUCAAGAAUCACUUAUGGAUCUUUGUUAAUUGUCUCAUUAACAAUCCCACGUUUGACUCACAAACCAAGGAAAACAUGACUUUACAAGCAAAAAGCUUUGGCUCUAAAUGCACAUUAACUGAUAAAUUCAUCACAUCGAUCACGAAAAUUGGUAUUGUGGAGGCAGUGUUAACUUGGGCAAAAUUUAAAGCUGAUAGUCAGCUUGAGAAGUUGGGCCCCAAGUCGAAGCAAAGAAAACUUCAUGGUAUACCCAAAUUAGAGGAUGCCAAUGAUGCGGGAACUGCAAAAUCAUUGGAAUGCACACUCAUAUUGACUGAGGGAGACUCAGCUAAAACAAUGGCUGUGUCUGGCAUCGCUUCCAUAGGCAGAGAUAAAUAUGGCAUAUUUCCAUUAAGAGGUAAAAUGUUAAACGUACGAGAGGCUACUCAUAAGCAAAUUUUAGAGAAUGCCGAAAUUAAUAAUUUGAUAAAAAUUCUUGGUCUCCAAUAUAAAAAGAAAUACGAGACUCGAGACGAUUUGAAGACAUUACGUUAUGGAAAGAUGAUGAUCAUGACUGAUCAGGAUCAGGACGGUUCGCAUAUCAAGGGUCUCUUGAUUAACUUUAUCCAUCAUAACUGGCCAUCAUUGCUGAAGUUAAAUUUCGUCGAAGAAUUCAUUACGCCUAUUGUGAAGGCUACUAAGGGCAAUCAAGUCUUAUCUUUCUUCUCGCUUCCAGAAUUCGAGAUGUGGAAGAAGGAAACGGAAAAUUUUCACACGUAUAAGAUCAAAUAUUACAAAGGUUUGGGUACUUCCACUGCCAAAGAAGCGAAGGAGUACUUUGAAAACAUGGCUAGGCACAGAAUACGCUUCAAAUACGAUGGCGAGCAAGAUGAUCAGAACAUCAUCAUGGCAUUCAGUAAAAAGUGCGUUGAUCAACGCAAGGACUGGUUGAUGAAUCACAUGAAUGAAACGAAAAGACGAAAGGAGAUUGGUCUCGGUGAACGUUAUCUUUACGAAAAGGAUACGCGUACCGUUACUUUUUCGGACUUUAUCAAUGUCGAACUGGUGUUGUAUAGUAAUUAUGAUAAUGUGAGAUCUAUUCCAAAUAUGAUGGAUGGUUUUAAGCCGGGCCAGAGAAAAGUAAUAUAUACCUGUUUAAAACGAAAUGACAAACGUGAGGUGAAGGUCGCGCAAUUGGCGGGAUCUGUCGCCGAGCAUUCGGCUUAUCAUCAUGGUGAAACGUCCCUGAUGGCGACCAUAAUUAAUCUCGCGCAGAAUUUUGUAGGUAGCAACAACAUUAAUCUGCUGCAGCCCAUCGGUCAAUUUGGUACAAGACUCGCUGGAGGAAAAGAUUCUGCCAGUCCGAGAUACAUUUUCACGAUGCUCAGCCCCUUGGCAAGGUAUAUAUUUCACAAACACGAUGAUCCUCUGCUGAAACACGAAUACGACGAUAAUCAAAGGAUCGAGCCUGUUCAUUACAUACCUGUAAUUCCUAUGGUAUUAGUAAACGGUGCCGAUGGCAUUGGUACCGGAUGGAUGACGAAGAUACCGAAUUACAAUCCUCGAGAGAUAAUUGAGAAUUUGCAUAGGAUGAUGGACGGCGCGGAUCCGAAACCUAUGAGACCAUAUUACAAAAAUUUUAAAGGCGUCGUCGAGAGUUGUGGCGAUUACCGCUAUGUUAUAAGCGGAGAGAUAUCGGUAAUUGGACCCGAUAAAGUGGAAAUUACCGAACUUCCUAUUGGUACAUGGACGCAAACUUACAAAGAAACCGUGCUAGAACCUAUGUUACAUGGAACCGAUAAGACACCGGCUAUCAUUACGGAUUACAAAGAGUAUAACACAGAUACGGCAGUGCACUUUAUAGUAAUGAUGAAUCGUGACAAAUUACUAGAAUUAGAAAGAGAUGGUCUUCAUAAAGCAUUUAAACUUCAGACAACAAUGACUAUCACAUCUAUGUGUGCAUUUGACGAAAAUCAAUGCUUGAAUAAGUACGACAAUGUGAUACAGAUAUUGAAGGGAUUUUAUAAAGUACGAUUAGACGCGUAUUACAAGAGGAAAGAUUAUCUAGAAGGAGUUUUGCAAGCGGAAGCAGCAAAACUAUCGAAUCAGGCGCGCUUCAUCCUCGAGAAAUGCGAUGGCGAUCUAGUGAUAGAGAACAAGAAGAAGAAAGACAUGAUUGCGGAAUUAAUCAGACGUAAUUACGAUUCCGAUCCUGUGGUAGUUUGGAAAUUAACGCAGAAUAGAGAGCAAGUAUUGGAGGAUCAAGAAGAAACUGCAUUAAAUGAAGAAGAAAACGCUCCAACUGCGAGAGCAAUAGAAAAGGAAAAUUUCGAUUACCUUCUCGGAAUGACGAUGUGGAGUCUAACAAAGGAAAAGAAAGACGAACAGUUGCGUCAACGGGAUGAGAAGAUUGGAGAGUUGAAGAGAUUGCAAGCUCGUACACCGAUUUCUUUAUGGAAAGAAGAUUUGGACAAUUUGUUAGCUGAAUUAAAUAAACUGGAGGAAAAAGAGCAAAAGGACCAGAUAAAAUCGAAGCAAAAUGAAAAGAAACCGCCCUCAAGAUUCUACAAAAUGGAAGACACUCGUCGCAUAAUUCCUGUAAUCGAUGUUGAAUUGAAGAAAAAGAUCGAAAAAGCUGACAUCGUGUCAAAGGACAAGAAAGAAGGCAUAAAGAAACCAAGAGUAAAGAAAGAGCAAGUCUCAAUGGAGGAGAAAGACGAAUUUGAUACAUUAGUUGAUUCCAAUAUUAAAUCUCUCGAACACAGACUUGGAAAUUCUCCCGAAAAAAUGGAGAAGAAAGCUACAAAGAAAGGAUUGAAACAAACAACGUUGCAAUUUAAACCAAUCAAGAAAGGUAAAAAGAAAGAUAAGAAUUCAGGUAGCGAUAGCGAUGACAUCGAUUUCGGUAGUAUUUCGCCAGUUCCGCAACCACGAGCAUCUCGUAGGACUACAACCAAGAAGAAUUAUAAUAUGAGUAGCGAAGAUUCUGAUGACAGUCACGAAAUGUUUAGUCCCUCUUCCGAUUCGGAAAUACCGAAAAAGAAAGAACCCAUUAUAGCACUAAGCGAUUCCGACGACAAUUUUAAACCAAGCAAGAAACCGCCCCAGCCGACUUCAGAGGAACUUUUCGAUUCAUUAGUAGGCAAUUCUCCCGAGAAGCUAUCUUCACCUGAGAAAAAACCUUUAAUAUCUUCGUCGGGCGAAGACUCACCUAUAAAGUUUACGCCACCUAAAAAAGCACCGGCUAAGAAAAAGACUGAAAAUGGUGGCGGGAAGGGAGUAAAGAGGCAGUUGAAAAAGAAACUAAAAUCAUCUGAGGACUCUGACACAGAUGACACAUAUACUGCCAAACAAAGUCAAAUAAAGAAGAAAAAAAAGAUUUCUGAUUCUGAUGAAGAAAUAAUUGAGGAAUCGCCACCACCUCGGAAGCCUGCCGGUAGAGCUCGGAAGCCUGUAUCUUAUGCAUUAAAGUCGGACGAUAGUGAUGAUUCGGAUUGAACAUUGUCGUGCAUUUUAAAUUAUGCCAGAGAUGAUAUGAUUGACUGAAAUAGUUUAGAAUGUGGAUCUGUGAGGCAAGAUGAAACUCGUGAAUUAAUGCAAAGAUGUUGCAUAUGUUUAUUUGGAGAUUUCAUCCCCACUGUUGAUCGUGAAUUAGUAAUAAUUUUAUGUGAAGUGUUUCGUACGGGAUCUGUCAAAUGUUCAGAACGUGUUCCUCGAAUAAUUUUCGAAAAAAAAAGAAGAAAUUUAAAUUAUUGAUAAAUUUUUUCACUUCUGUUUUACCAAGUGAUGUUCGAAGAUUUAUUCGAGCAAUACAAUCUCUAGCACGUUCUUCCUGAAACGCUUCGUAUAAUCUUGUACAUAAUUUUGCUCUUCGAGCACACAUAGUGUUGCAAACGAGUGGAAUUUUGUGAAAUUAAAACGCUGUGGACAGUAUUGCAGGAUAUAUGCGAGUGUGCCCAAAAUACUCACAAAUCUUAUCGUAUAACUCGAAUCUUCGGAAAAAUUUUAUUUAUAAAAAAUAAAGCGUGAAUCAUAUAUUGUGUUAUAUUGUGAUAUUGAUAUGUAAUUUUAACAUUUUCAGUUAGACGUUA